GUAAACUGGAGUACAACCACAAGGCAGGUCUUUAUUCCAUUCCUGCAUCGGAUUGCAUUCUUCUCUUUCUUUGCAAGAAAGCCACGCCGUCCUCAAUUGUAUCCGUAUCCUGAGAUCCAAGCUUCCACAAACAGGCCGGCAAAACUACUAGUACCAGGGGAAGAGAUCAGCAGAAGUGAAGCACAUUAGCUUUGCGUCCAUGUAGCAACCAAAAACCUAACCCACCGGCUUGUAUCUCAUCUCCACGGCCAACACCACUGGGUCGAGGCGACGAUGGACCUCGUCGUUGGCGCCUCCAACGAUGCCGUGAAAUCGCUGGUGAGCAAGCUCGGGAGCCUCCUGGCUCAGGAGUACACCCUGAUCGGAGGCGUCAGCGACGACAUCCAGUACAUCAACGACGAGCUGGCCAGCAUGCAGGCCUUCCUCAACAGGCUCAAGCAGGAGGCCAAGCACGACGAGCAGCGGCAGGACUGGAUGAAGCAGGUGCGGGAGGUCGCCUACGACAUCGAGGACUGCAUGGACAACGCCGGCUACCGCCUCAGCCGCGAGCCCCGGGGGACCGGCAAGCUGGCCUCCCUCAGGCGGGCUUGGUAUCUCCUCACUACGCUGUACGCACGACACUGCAUCGCCACCGAGAUCGGCAACCUCAAGGCUCGAGCGCAGCACGUCAGCGAGCGGCGCACUAGGUAUGGAGUUGAGAACCUGGCACGAGAUAGCGCUUCAGAGGGAGAAAAUAGCCCCAUUGACCGCCCAGCGCCUCAUCCUCAGCUCAUCGGCACUGUGGCGCCAGUGGGCAUCGAGGGCGCCAAGGUGGAGCUCAUGCCAUGGUUCUUGGAGGUAAAGGAACAGAGUACCAAUGAUCAGCCAAAAUUCCUCGCCAUUGUCGGGUUUGGUGGCCUCGGCAAGACCACCCUUGCCAUGGCCUUGUACCGCGCAUUUGGAGACGAGUUUGAUUGCAGGGCAUCCGUUCUAGCAUCGCAGAAGUUCCAUCUCCAGAUGGUUCUGAGAAGCCUUAUCAAGCAGUUUCACGACCAGCAGGCUGGUGCUUCCAAGAAUGACAUCGAAGGAAUUGAGGAAAUGGGACUCGAAGCGCUCAAAAACCAGCUCGCCUGUCAGCUAGAAGAGAAGAGGUAUCAUAUCUUGAUAGAUGAUAUAUGGUCUGUAUCAGCAUGGGAAAGCAUUAGGGAUUCUUUUCCAAAAAGCAAGAAGGGUAGUAGCAUAAUGGUGACUACUAGGUUCAAAUCUGUAGCUGAAGCCUGCCGCCGUCAACAAGGCCGUGUCUAUGAGCUCAAGCCACUCCAUGAUGAUAACUCCUACAAGCUGUUCCGCCAAAUCAUCUCAAGCGCUCCUACUGUUCCCACUAAUGGGGCAAGAGCUCUUCUGAAGAAAUGUGGAGGUUUGCCUUUGGCCAUAAUUUUAGUAGCUGGGCUUGUGGCUAGUAAAUUGAGAUCAGAGUCAAACAAAAUCCGUGUAGAAGACCACCAUUUGACUCAAGAGGACAAGGAUGUAGGUGGUGAGUUGAAGAAGAGUAAGGAUCAAGAAGGCAAGGAUUUCAGUGAGCGUUUGGACAAGGCUUUAGUAGUUGAAGAGUUGGAGAAGAAUAGCCCCCAAGAGGGCAAUGAUAUCAGUAAGAAGUUGGAGAACUUCUUGGACCAAGUGAGCAAUGAUUUAGGUGAAGAGUUGAAGAAAAAUCUCUCAACAGAAGGAGUCUCACACAUUGUGCACCACUGCUAUUACCAAUUGCCUGCUGAACUUAAGACUUGCCUAUUGUAUCUGAGCAUGUUUCCCAAGGGUUGUUUGAUCAGCAGGAAGCGUCUGAUUAGAAGAUGGAUUGCCGAAGGGUUCAUCGCUGAAAAGCAUGGGAAGAUGGUUGAGGAGAUUGCUGAGGAUUGCUUCAAUGAACUCAUUAGCAGGAACCUAAUCCGGGCAGUCAACAGCAGCAGCAAUGGCAAGGUGAAGAGCUGCCAGGUUCAUGACAUGGUCCUCGAGUACAUUGUCGUCAAGUCAAGCGAUGAGAAUUUCAUCACAGUGGAUGGUGGCCAUUGGCAUACACCAUUUCCAACCUACAAGGUGCGUCGACUAUCUGUCCAAAAGAGUGAUAGACAGGAGAAGGAAACAAUAGAGAGGAUGAAGUUAUCACAUGUCCGGUCUUUAACAGCAUUGGGGAGUUUCAAAGCUAUUCAUUCUACUCUAUCCAAGUUUUAGAUAAAGAACAUCACAAAGUAAUCUGUGGUACUACUCUCAGGCAGCAAAGGAUGAAGAUAUUUGAGUUGAAUUUUAUUAUUGGCUGUCCUCUUUAAAUGCAACAGUGUAGAGCUUUGUAAUUAUUUCCAUAUGUUAUGAGAAUAGAUAGAAAUGGUUUAUCAGGCUCAGUACCCUUUAGUUGGUGUUAGCAAAAACCAAUGUGCGAGUAUCGCAGAUGUCUAUUAUUGAUUGCUUUUUUUAUC